GCAAAUCGACGAUCUCUGUUGACAAAAAAGCUGGGGCGUCUCGGCAGUAGAGAAACGCGACGCGAAGGAGCGCAUAUUGGGGUUACGGAAGAUCUGGUGAGGGGGCGCGAGAUGGGAGCACUUGAAGUCCGACGGCACAGUCAGCUUUGCAAAGACAGUGGAAGAGGAAUUGGAGGCGUGAUGCGCAUCGGUGAGGGUCAAUUGGCGUGUUUGCUUGGGCAAUUGCAGUUCCAAUGCCCAAUUCCUUGUGGUGCUCAGGAGAGCGUGAGCACAGUGCGACGACAUCUCGCAUGGGCUCGGUAAGCGGCGGCGUUGGGCAGGCAGCGAACAGGCGCCUAGAUUUAGACCGAAAUAGUAUCCCUGCAUGCCUUCAUCAAACGACCCCACACUUUGAUGGCGGUCGCUCGCGCAGGACGGCGAUAACGAUAAGACACGCACCCCGCUACCCCUCCACCACCAUCACUGCGAGAGAUGGUGUGACGAGCGCUCCGCGUGGUGCAUCCAGGUGGCUCGUUGGGCAAGGGCAUGACUCACGGGACCGCGCCUGUCCGGUCACCCGCAGACUGUCUCGCCGUCCAGCUGAGACUUGUCGCCGCCAUCACAUGCCAAUUGCGCGCUCAAUGGCGCACUCUUGCGAGCGUCAGACGGCAAUUGGCAGCGAGAACCAAUGCGCGCGGCCAUGCUGCAGACAGCUUCGCUCCCGCUGCACGGCAUGUUUUGCAGGGAGCGUCGAGGGCAGAGGGUCCAGUGGAUGCGGCGCGCCCAUUGGGGGCGUCGGACCAGGGUAUCAAUCUCAGGCUCGCCGUGUACUCGCCUUGGGUGUGACUCCCUUCACGACCCGCCGCGUGGCUUGGGGCGAUGACUGCGCGGGCUAGGCAUCACGAGACCAGGCUGUCCAUGGCACGCCCGCCAGGAGGGUGA